AAACACAGUAGUGACGUCCUUCCGGUUUUAGGUUUAGUUGAAUGGCGCAGUGGGGAGAAUAACAACCAGCAUGUCGAAAAGGAAAGUGACAUUCGAGGAUGGAGAUGGAGAGAUUACUUUGGAAGAGGAUGUUCCAAAAAAAAAGAUGGUGGAUGGUGUAAGUGGUCCAGGAUCUAGAUUUAAAGAAAAACACUCUUUGGACAGCGAUGAGGAAGAUGCUGGAGAUGAAGAGAAUACCAGCAAAUAUGACAUCCUUGCCUGUGAUGAUGUGGAAGGUCAGGAGGUGGCAACUAUUGACUUUGAUGAAGGGGUACGCAUCACCCCUUUUAACCUGGACGAAGAAAUGGAGGAGGGAUACUUUGAUUCAGAGGGAAACUAUUUUAUCAACAAAGAUAAAGAAAUCAAGGACAACUGGCUGGAUAAUAUUGACUGGGUUAGGAUAAAGGAACAGCCUGUGAAGAAGAAGAAAGGCCUUGCAGCUAAACGGAGGAGAAGAGCUGGGGAUGAAGAUGAAGCAGAGGAGGAGUUAAAGAGGGAGGAGCAUAGGAAAGACAGUGACACAGAUGAGGAAGAAGAAGAGAAAGAACCAGCAGAAGACCCUCUGGCUACAUACAGUCUUUAUCAACUCAUAGAAGCUGUUAUUGAACUCAUGUUGCCUGGAGAAACAGUGGCUGCUGCUCUUCGGAGACUUGGGGGUCUCGGAGGACGGAAGAAGAAGGGGAAACCAAGACAAGAGGAGGAGGAUAAAGAAGCCACUCAAAGCAGAGAUACUGAUAAAUUAGACAAGCUUACAGCAAUAGCAGAUAGACUGGUGGGGGUUGGACAGUUUGACAUUUAUCAGCAGACCUAUGAAAAGCUGUCCUACAAACUUAAGGGGAUGAACAAAAACAAGGCAGCAAAGACACAAGAUGGCUCUGAUGAAGAAGAGGAUGAGCUAGACAUGUUUGCUGAAAAGUUUGAUGAAAAGCAUGUUGAGAAAGAAGAGGAUAAAGACAACAGCAAAGUGAUUGAUGAAGUUAUGUGGGAGUAUAAAUGGGAAAAUGAGGAAAACGCAGAGCUUUAUGGGCCCUUCAGCAGCCAACAGAUGCAGGACUGGGUGGAUGAGGGCUACUUCAAGGAUGGUGUAUACUGUAGAAGGAUUGACCAAGAAGGUGGCGCUUUCUACAACUCAAGGAGAAUAGACUUCGAGCUUUACUCGUGAUCUAUAAAUCCUGUUACCUUCAAAAUCUUUAUUUCUUCUUCCAUUUUGAGUGGGCUUCUCUGAAUUACUUCUCUAGUUUGUGCACCAGUGUUUUAUAUAUGAUGUGUUUUAAAAUAAAGAGUUUUUGGCUGGG